AUGUUGGAAGACAAGCUCCAAGGAAUCAAAUGUAGGAAUGUGGUCCUUAACAUCAAGUCAUUAAGGCUUUGGGACGAAGAAAACUUCUAUGUGAUUGUGGAUAGGUUUAGACGGGUCAUCGAGCCGUUUGACAAAAUCUUUAGUAGAAAAGACUAUUCAAUAGGAAAAGUGAGUGUUUUAACUUCUUUUAAGAACAAGAUUAAUGAGGAGAUGGCAAUUACAGUUGAAAGGAAAACAUUUACGGUUGGCGUUGUUAAACAUAUUAAUGAUUGGUCACCAUUCCACCCUGUGUCACUUAAUAAAUUCGAGGAAGAAUCGGAUGGGGAUGACGUUGAUGUUGACGAUAUAGAAGCUGAGGAGGAAGAUGACAUCUCAGAUACUUGGAUGGAGGCAGGCAUCAACGAUUUGGAAGAAGGAGAAAUCCAUCCUGAAAUACCUGAGAUGAGAUGUCCGGUAGCGGAGGUAAAGGAACAUCGAAGUUCAGGUUGUUGUUGA